CAUGCAUUGGUUAAUUCGUUCAUCCCUCCAUCUCCAUCCUGGAGAUUUGCUGUGAUUUCCACAGCUGUGCUGCUGCUGAGAGUUUCCAGUGUUGUGCAAGAGCUGGCAGGAAGAGUCAAGCAGGUCAAAGGGCUCUCAAUAUAAAUAUCAGAGCAGAAGAACAGAGGAAUCACUUCAGCAGAUAUCAUCCUCUGCAUCAGCUCCUCAAGAGAAGAACCACCUUCAGCGCUAGAAGUGAUAAUGAAGUUGACACGUGUUGCUGUCGCUGCUGCAGUCGUCAUCACAUGUGUCUGCUUCCUCCAGACCGCAGCUGUUCCCUUCACACAGAGUGAAGAUGAGCAUCAUGUGGAGAGUGAAACACCAGAGAACCAGCACCUGACAGAAACUUCUCAGGAACAAACAAACCCAAAUCCCCUGACUUUCUUCAGGGUGAAACGUCAAAGCAAUCUGUCCCUGUGCAGAUACUGCUGCAACUGCUGCCGCAACAAAGCCUGCGGAUACUGCUGCAAAUUCUGAUCCUGCGUCGUUUUAUCAAGUUCUGUGUGCUCAGGAAAAGUUUCUUUGAAACAUUAACUUAUUUGGACUUUUGUCUUCAAAAACCCUGCGGAAAUGAUUUUCCCUGUGGCAUCAAGUUGUUUGAAAGUUGUAUAGAUGCAGGCUUUGUCUCCAUGCAUACUGCUUAGUAAAAGUUGCAGCUACUGAAAUUUAACUAACAUGAGAACUCAUCUAGUUUUUCUUUUCAUGCUUUUAUAUGUUUUUAUGUGUAUAUUUUUUAUGCAUGUGUACAAUGAUUGUUUAGUAAAUGAAAAGCUUUUGGACAUUUGUAAUAAAAUUAUUUUAUUACUGUA